AUUCCUGCCGCCACGCUCGCCAUCUCGCAUCUGCUGCACCCUCCACUGCGCAGCGUGGCCCGGGCCCUCUUGCCUUACGCUUGUCUCUCGCCGUUUCACCCCCGGUGAAAUCUCACGAUCGGCCGCAGCGGCAGCAGCAUCACCAGCAGCAGCGGCCAUGAGGGGUCGUUCGCUCGCCUAUCUGCGGGCGUCGCUCAACCGCAAGCGCGCCGAGCCCGAUGCCCUCGCGAGGCUCGCAGAUCUCACGGUGACCGUCGGAUCUGCGCCUAGUAUCGGCCAUCAAGCCCGCGGCGUGUCUGCGAUCUCAUCGAUCUCAUCGCGUGUCGCUCCAGCCGACGCCCUAACGGCUUCUGCCGCGUCUGCCGCUUCGCGUGACGCCAGCUUCGAUCCGAUCGCCGCACCCUCCGCCAUCCACGCCGCCACGACCGCCGCCCGCCAUGCGCCUUCAGUCGUCGCCCUCGCGCGCCCCUUCCUCCACCCCACCUUGUCGCCGCCUACCCCGGCCCGCGAGGUUCAAACCUUCUCCGCCUCGCAACUGGCCGCUCGUUACUGUCACAAUCAGGCCGGCGAUCAGCAUCACCUCGCUUCCGCGCUCGUUCCGGCUUCGCUGACCCGCGGCAUUCGGCGUGACUCCGUGUCGUCGUAUACUCCUCAUAAUAUGCUCCGUUUAAGGAGCCCGUUCCAUUCACUAGCCUCUGGCAGAAUUAGCGCCUCGGCCAGCAGUACGAGUGACAGUGGCAGCAGCAGUGACGGCGGUAGCAGCAGUGGCAGUACCGCGGGCAGCAGCAGCGGCAGCAGCAGUAGCGCUGCAGUAGCUGACAGUGAGGGUGUGGAACGCGAGGAACCGGCGCACGUUGCGCCGGAGGGCAGCUUGGGCGGGGAGUCUCCCGCAACGGCGGAGAGCAGCGAGGACGCGCAGGUCGCGGGGGAGGGGGGCGAGGGUGGAUUGGGGGGGGCUGAGGGGAUCACCGGAGGGGAGGGGCGAGGAGGUAACGCUGCACUGCAGACCCCCCUUGAGCAGCUGUGGGAGCACGUGCGGCAGCUGCCGGACAGCAACCACGUGAUGCCCGUUGUGAAGGCGUGGGAGAGCAACGGGAACACCGUUGACAAGCGCCUCACCACGCAGCUGAUCAAGAAGCUCAAGAACCAGCGACGCCCCAGGCAGGCAGCAGAGGUGGCGGAGUGGUUCGUGCAGCAGCCGGGCUUCCCCCGCCUGGAGGCGGACUACCAGCUGGUGCUGUCCGCGGUCAUCCGAGCGCGCAACGUGGCGGCCGCACAGGCAAUGUUCCUCUCGCUGCCUGAGGAGUUCAGGACGGAGAAGGUGUAUCAGCCGGUGUUUGGCCACGUGGCAAGGCGAGGGAGAUUCAUGUCCGUGGCAUCACAGGUGGAGUGGCUGCGGCAGCAGGGCGUGGUGGAGGGCAUCCCCUCCUUCAACGCGCGCCUGCAGGCGCUGCUGGCAGGCAGGCGGCGAGGGGCGGUGGUGGCGGGCAUAGGGGCGAUCAUGGAGGAGAUGAGGAGCAAGGGCUUCGCCCCCACUACAAUCACAUUCAACAUCAUCCUUGCUGGAUUUGGCAGGGCCGGGCAGCUAAAAGAAAUGGAGGAGUACCUCGGGCAGAUGGAAAACUUUAACCUGACCCCAGACCUGGCGACAAUCAAUGCCCUCAUAUCGGCCUACGUCAGCCAUGGAGAGCCCGAGAAGGCUCUGGAGUGGGAGAGGAGAUUAAAGACGUCGGGAGCCGGCCCCGAUAGAGGCACCUAUGCCGCCAUGCUGAGGGCUUACGGGCAGAGCGGGCAGGUUGACAAGCUGGAGGCCACGUGGAAUGAGCUGAUUGGGUCCACUGUGCCAUUAACGAGGGUGCUGCACAAGGCACGUAUUGAGGGCUAUGGGAUGGCUGGUGACGUGGCCAUGGCAGAGAAGGCUUUCCAAGACCUGAGAGUGCAGCAAGCCCCGGUGACAGAGACCUUCAACUCGCUCGUCUUCGCCUACGCGCACAACGGGCUCAUUGACAAGGCCAAGGCCACCAGGGCGGAGAUGGAGGCCACCGGCAUGCGCCCCGACGGCAUCACCUUCCUGCACCUCCUGCGCGCCCACCUCGCCGCCCACCAAAUCGACGAUGCGGUUACCACGUUACGUGACGCGGCGGCGGCCGGCGUGCACAAGGCACGCAUGAAGCUGCCAUUCCGCGCGUUUGCGGAGGUGCUGCAGGGGUUUGUGGAGGGCGGGGAUGUGGGGAAGGUGCGGGAGCUGGUGGGGCUGGCGCGCACCAUGUACCGCACCGAUGCCAACCUGUUCAACUCCAUCAUUGCCACCAUUGCCAAUGCCUGGAGGAAGAAGGGGCCAGGGACUGGGGCAGGGGCAGGGGGAGUGGAGGGCGGGAGUGGGGGAGAGAGUGAGGAGGGGAUUGAGGGAGUGGAGGGGCAGGCGUUGAGUGAAGUAUAUGGGGAGGAGUUUGUGAGUGAGGUGAGGGCGGUGCUGGUGGAAAUGAGGGAGGUGGGGGUGAAGGCCAACGAUGCCACGGAGGAGGUGCUGCGCCCGCUGGGGCUGAGCCACCUGGUGGAGGAGGUGGGCCUCAUGAGAGCGGUGCGAGAUUCUCCUGCUGAGGCACGCUUUUAGACGACUCCUGCUCCUGUGGGGGCUUAACCGUCGGUGCAACAAGUGGUGCUGACUAGGGCGGUGUGAGAGCAAGGGGUGGCAAAGGGGGGAGGGGAAGGAUGAGACGGAAGGGCGAAUGCGCAGGGGAAGCUGGGAGGGUUGGGGACGGGGGGAUUGCAGGGGGAAGGGGAGGGGUUGGGGUUGUGAGAGUGAAGGAAGUGAGACGAGGCGAAAGCAGCUGGCAUUGUGAUGUGUAAUGCACAGGGCUUCAGAUUGGAUUUUGAGGGGCUGUUGGCUCAGGGUGCCCCCAGCAGGAGCCCCCGUUUUUCAGGGUCGGGUUUAUCAGAAAGAAAAUGAUUGAACUAGAAUGUGUGUGUACAAGGAUAAAUAGACUAGGGUGUUCUACCCUCUAAGGCACAAUCCAGUAUAGUCUACAGUAACAACCUACGCUACAUUUGACACAC